AUCAAAUGUAAUAUAUGAUUAAUGCAAGACAUAAUUAUGUUAAGCAUCAAUGAUCAUCAAUCCUAAUUGGAUUUAAAAUAUAUGCAAUACAGGAACAUCACCUCUUUUAAGAAGAGGAUCUCUUGUCUUGAUUUUUUUUCCAUGGAAACCUUCACUACUCUACAAUAUGAUUUAAAAUUUUUGCGUGAAAUAUUAAUUCAAGGGAUUGGAACUUCCUUGUUAUGAAAUAUUUGGAGUUAAAAUAUAUGCAUUACAAUUCGAAACAUUGGGAUUAUGUUUUUCUUCUUUUAUUUAAUGGUGAAUAAUUAUAUUGUCUAUAUUUUCCAAUUAAAGUUGAAUUAUGUUAUAUAGUUGUAGAAAAUGGUCAAAGGAAAAAGACAAUGGCUGAAACCAGGUGAUUUGAGAACUAAGAAGCUAACAGAAUAUGAGAAACAAAGAAAUAAGCGAAUCAAGAAGAACUAUGAGGAACAAGAGAUGCCACCGGGGUUACGUUUACAGCCUCAUUCGAGGCCAUUAACUCCCACCCCAGAAGAAGGGAUGGAUCCCCCACGUCAAGAGAUUGGUACCCAACCCUUACCACCUCAUAAUGUGCAACCUGUGCAUGAGGUGACUGCAUCUAGUAGUGUCGCAUCACAUGACAGACGUGGUCGUGGUCCAACACGCGGCAUACAAACCCAACGCAUUGUCCAGAAAAAUGGAAAGAUGUUGGUUCCUGUACCUGAACAUUUCCGUGCGCCAGUGGGAGAUCAAGCCUCUAAGUUGGCCUCCAAGAUUGGCAUAGAGGAUCAGUUUGAUCUACAAGGCAAUCCGAGUGAUGUAGCAAGGACUUUAAACACACAGUUUGGUCGGCGAUUGAGUAGCUUCACCUAUAGGUUGCACAAACAAUACAAGCAACUUAAGGAUGCAAGAGGGGAGGAGUACGCGAGAAGCCACCCACCUACAAGUGUUACUCUUAAUCAAUGGACAUCUCUAAUUGACAAGAAGUGGAAUAGUAAAGAAUUCAUGGAACAAUCACUAACUAAUGUGAAUAAUAGGAUGCAAAUGAAAACAAAACAUAGAUGUGGAUCAAAAUCAAUCCC